GCCUACACAUAGCAGCACAAAGGGAGCCACUGGUGCAGGCAGCUUGGUUUACACAGCUACACACAAACAAGAAGAUACUUUUAUUCUAUAUAGACACAAGCUGCUCUUUGAGGACAUGGGCGUGCACGGAUCCAGGCCUCGGAGACAAGCCCAGGUCCUGAUGCUGGGCCUGGACGGGGCAGGGAAGACCACCCUGCUCUACAGGCUGAAGUACAACGAGAGCGUGAUGACGGUGCCCACUGUGGGCUUCAACGUGGAGACGCUGGAGACGGACAGGAGCAGCCCGGGGCUCACGGUGUGGGACGUCGGGGGGCAGAAGAAGAUGAGGCCCCACUGGAGGCAUCACUAUGUGGACACAGCAGGGCUGGUGUUUGUGGUGGACAGCUGGGACCAGAGGCGCCAGGAGGAGGCGCGCAAGGAGCUGCACCGGGUAAUUAAAUCAGAAUAUUUAAUUACUGUAAAGAGAGUUCCUCUGGUGGUCCUGGCCAACAAGCAGGACCUGCAGGGAGCGCUGAGCCCAGAAACCCUCUGCCUGACUCUGGACCUGAGGAGGGUCUGCGGGGGCCGGGCCUGGUUCAUCCAGCCCUGCUCCGCCACCAGCGGCAUGGGGCUGGAGGAGGGCUUCAGGAGGAUCGUCUAUCUGAUGAAGACUCCCUUUAAACAGACUCAGGAGGACAUUAAGGUGAGGAUGAAGUCCAAGGGCUUCAGUAUGACGGCUGUGAAACAAGUCCUGGUCUGCAGCAGAUGAUGGAUGGAAAUCAUUUCUGAAGAUUCAAUCAAAUAACGUCCAGGAUUCCUUCCUGCUUCAUCAGCAUCGGCCUCACUGUGGCGUCUAAAGGAUCAAAUGAAGGGAGGUGAUGAGAAAAGGGAGAUAAUCACAGUUUAACUGUUAAUCUCUGUGGCAGAAAGGAUUUAUACUCAAUCCUGGUGAAGACAAAGUGUCUGUGGACCAUUCUGGGUUAUGACACAAACUGAUAAAAGGUUUUUAUUAUCAUUUUUGAGGAUUCAGACUGGCACUGUUGACUGAUAAAAACCUGUGUUGGUUUGGUCGUAGAAACGUUGAUCUCCAAUUGCACAUUAUUUUGUUGUUGUUUUUUAUUUGUUGUGUUUUUUUUACCCAUUUGUAUAAAAUGUAUUUAUUUAUUUAUUUGGAAUGGCAAUGCCAUUGUUGUCACACACGAUGUUAAACUAUACAUUUUCUUUCUUUCUCAGCAACAGAGGUGUGACUAAAACAUAUAUAAUAUAUAAUAUGAUAUGGAUGUAAAGUAAACAUGUUGUUUACUGUAAAAUCUGUCGACUCACGUCAUGUUUUGAA